AUGAUUGGUCGAUCAUCAUUGACGAUCCGAAAAGCAUCCCGGUUGUUGGAGAAACAGCUAAUUACCUGCGAGGAAUUGGUAUCAUACUGCAACCAUUUGGCAGUGGCUGGUGAAGAGAUUUGGGGACUUGCCGCUUACAGCCACAUUGUAUCCAGAGCCAAUUUAUUGGACCUAGCUCAAGAAUCCGAUGGUCGAAGAAAGCAUGGAGAGACCCUCUCAAUUUUGGAUGGAAUUCCAGUAUCAAUAAAAGAAAAUAUUGCAGUUCGAGAUGUUUCGCUUACGGCUGGAAGUCGGAUACUCGGUAGGGGAAUGAAGGAUCAUCCGCCAUGUGGUUAUGAUGCGGAUGUUGUUCGGAAACUGCUGCGAGAAUCAGGAGCCAUCAUGAUGGGGACGACGACCAUGGACGAAUUUGGUAUGGGAAGCCUUGGGAUGAACAUGCCAACAACACCAGCAAAGAAUCCAUUGCCCUACAUGAGAAAUCUCACGCCAAAUGAUUUGACAUCUCUUUCUGAUGAUGAAGUAGAUUUGUUUUUUGCCAAGCUCAUCAAAUCCUCGCAGGAUGAGAUCUUGGAGAUUCAUUCAAAGGCCUUUGAUGAAAGCUUACCAGUACACUCUACAGGUGGCAGCUCUAGUGGAUCUGCCGUGUCUGUGACACACGGCUCGGCGUUGCUGUCACUAGGCACAGAUACUGGAGGUUCCGUUCGCCUGCCAGCUGCUUGGUGCGGGAUCGUUGGACUCAAGCCAUCUUACGGAGUUCUUUCGAGGCACGGCAUUGUCAGUUAUGCAUCGUCAUUUGAUACGGUUGGUGUCCUUGCCCCAUCUGUGGAAUGUGCCUCGAUUGCUCUGGAUAUAUUGGGAGAACGGGAUGAGGCCGGAAGUCGGGAUUCUACCGCCUCACAAUUACAAUUUCAACUCAAAGACUUCGAUGAAAAGCAGGCUGCCGCAUCAGAAAGGCCAUUGGAGGGAGUAAAGGUGGGAAUUCCAGCUUCCUUGUCGAUCGAAGAAUGCCCUGACGAAAUUAGAGAGGCCUGGAUGAAAGCGGCGAAUUUCUUGUCUCAACGAGGAGCUACUGUUAUGGAAUUGUCGACGGAUGAACUCUCGGUGGACCUUGUUCAAUUAUCCCUGGCGACUUAUUACAUUUUGGUUAGUGCAGAAGCCAGUUCCAACCUGUCGCGGUAUGACGGAUUCCGCUAUGGCGUCGCUGCUACAAGAGACGACGCGUCGAGCGAAUCAUUUCAUCUUGACGCUACGGAUCUAGAACGACAAUAUGCUGCCACAAGAACGGAAGGCUUUGGUAUUGAAGUUUCGAGGAGAGUCCUGUGUGGUGCAUCGGUCUUGUCUUCUGACAGAUUCCAUAGCCACUAUGAAGCAGCAGCGAAGCUUCGCGCAGCCUUGGCAAGUCAGAUGCACUCGUCUCUCAAAGAGAAAGUGGAUGUUUUAUUGUAUCCCACCGCUUUAUCCGCACCACCUCGAAUCGAUCAGGGGGAGAUCGACAGUACAGAGACCUUUGCCAACGAUGUCAUGACAGUCCCCGCUAGUCUCGCCGGUCUUCCAGCAAUAUCCAUUCCUGUGGCCCCGAAGGAUGACGGACGAUUUCCUCUAGCCCUACAACUGGUGGGAUAUCGACAUGGGGAAGCAACCAUACUGAAUGCUGCCAGAGUUUUGCAAGACAUGAGUCCUUGA